CUCACUCUUUUGCCUUUACUCGCCACGCAGUGAUCUCCUCGCUCUCGAACCUCAAUCAACUCCAAUCAAAUUUCCUCUCUCUCUCUUUCGCCCUCUCUUUAUAGCUUUCCAAUUCCAAAUCCAAAUGUGAUUCCCUGGAUCUCUUUUUCUCUCCAUUGAAACGCCUUCUGUCAUUGUCGUUUUACGCUAUCUUCCCUUCUCACUAGCUUUUCGAUUUCGCUUCUUAAUCUUGUUAACGGCUGAGAUUGGCUGUUGUUGUUAUUGAUCAUUGGAGAUGAGGGCGAUAGAGUUUAUUAUGUGCAUAAAUAUUUUUAUGUUAUCUUCUGUUUUGAUUACUGCGAGAGAGGAGGUUUAUAUCGUGACGGUUCAGGGGGAACCUAUUAUAAGUUACAAAGGCGGCGAGAGUGGUUUUGAAGCCCCUGCCUUCGAAUCUGAUGAGAAUGUAGAACGCACCAGUGAAUUUGUGACAUCUUAUGCCAGUCAUCUUGAAAAGAAACAUGAUAUGCUUCUUGGGCUUCUUUUUGAGCGUGGCACAUACAAAAAACUCUACAGCUAUAAGCACCUUAUAAAUGGCUUUGCUGUUCAUACUUCCCCUGAACAGGCAGAAAUCCUACAACGUGCCCCUGGUGUGAAAUCUGUGGAAAGGGAUUGGAAGGUCAGGGAACUUACGACACACACUCCCCAGUUUUUAGGACUACCCACUGGAGUAUGGCCAACUGGAGGUGGCUUUGACAGGGCUGGUGAAGAUAUUGUGAUAGGAUUUAUAGAUUCUGGAAUUUAUCCUCACCAUCCAAGUUUUGCAACCUACAAUACUGAACCAUAUGGGCCUGUGCCAAAGUACAGAGGAAAAUGUGAAGUUGAUCCUGACACUAAGAGGGAUUUCUGCAACGGAAAAAUCAUUGGUGCUCAACAUUUUGCUGAAGCUGCAAUAGCAGCUAAGGAAUUUAAUCCUGCUGUUGAUUUUGCUUCUCCCAUGGAUGGUGAUGGACAUGGAAGUCACACAGCUGCUAUUGCAGCUGGAAAUAAUGGUAUUCCUGUUAGAAUGCAUGACCAUGAAUUUGGGAAAGCAAGUGGAAUGGCCCCCCGUGCCAGGAUUGCUGUGUACAAAGCUCUCUACAGGUUUUUUGGAGGCUUUGUUGCAGAUGUGGUUGCUGCAAUUGAUCAGGCUGUUCAUGAUGGUGUGGAUAUACUCAACCUUUCAGUAGGGCCAAACAGUCCUCCAGCAACUACCAAAACGACAUAUUUAAACCCUUUUGAUGCCACACUUCUUUCUGCGGUGAAAGCAGGUGUAUUUAUUGUACAGGCAGCUGGUAAUGGAGGCCCUUUCCCCAAAACAUUGGUGUCUUAUAGCCCAUGGAUAACAUCUGUUGCAGCUGCAAUUGAUGAUCGUCGAUAUAAAAACCAUCUGAAUCUUGGAAAUGGAAAACUUUUAGCUGGAAUUGGGUUGUCCCCUGCUACACAACCAAAUCGUACAUUUACCUUGGUUGCUGCAAAUGAUGUUAUUCUUGACUCUUCUGUGGUGAAGUACAGUCCCUCUGACUGCCAAAGACCCGAACUAUUAAACAGGAACUUGGUUGAGGGUAAAAUUCUUAUUUGUGGUUAUUCCUUCAAUUUUGUUGUUGGUACUGCAUCGAUCAAGAAAGUUUCGGAGACAGCCAAAAGCCUGGGCGCAGCUGGCUUUGUUCUUGCUGUGGAAAAUGUUUCCCCGGGAACAAAAUUUGAUCCCGUUCCUGUUGGUAUUCCUGGGAUACUUAUAAUAGAUGUCUCAAAGUCAAUGGAUCUUAUAGACUACUACAACACUUCGACAACAAGGGAUUGGACUGGAAGAGUGAAGAGUUUCAAAGCUACUGGUACUAUUGGGGAUGGUUUGUUUCCCAUUCUUCAUAAAUCAGCACCCCAGGUAGCAUUAUUCUCUGCUAGGGGGCCCAAUAUCAGAGAUUUCAGUCUCCAGGAUGCAGAUAUUCUCAAGCCAGAUAUUCUGGCUCCUGGCUCUCUUAUUUGGGCAGCUUGGUCACCAAAUGGAACAGAUGAACCUAAUUAUGUUGGGGAAGGAUUUGCCUUGGUAUCUGGAACUAGCAUGGCUGCACCACAUAUUGCUGGCAUAGCUGCUCUUAUAAAGCAGAAGCACCCUCAUUGGAGCCCUGCUGCUAUAAAAUCAGCCUUGAUGACGACAACAACAAAGCUGGACAGGGCUGGAAGGCCUCUUCAAGCACAACAAUAUUCUGAAACAGAAGCCAUGAAGCUGGUUAAAGCUACUCCUUUUGAUUAUGGGAGCGGUCAUGUCGAUCCAAGAGCUGCCCUGGAUCCUGGACUUGUCUUUGAUGCAGGUUAUGAGGAUUACUUGGGGUUCUUGUGCACAACACCUGGUAUUGACAAAAACGAGAUAAAGAACUACACUAAUUUACCUUGCAACUACACCAUGGGCCAGCCAUCAAAUCUCAACACUCCAUCAAUCACCAUAUCUCAUCUUGUGAAGUCUCAAAUGGUUACUCGCACAGUCACAAAUGUUGCCGAGGAAGAAACCUAUGUGAUCACUGCUAGAAUGCAACCAUCUGUUGCAAUUGAUGUCAACCCUCCAGCAAUGACAUUGAAACCUGGUGCUUCACAUAAGUUCUCUGUGACACUCACUGUUAGAUCAGUGACAGGAACAUACAGUUUCGGGGAAAUUUUCAUGAAAGGUAGUCGAGGGCAUAAGGUAACAAUCCCAGUUGUAGCUCAGGGAUAUUGGUCAUAGAGAUUGAGAUGGAUGAUAUCAGUUGAGUAGUUUGUAUGGGUUGUAAUAUUCUUUUUAAUAUGUGGUAAUAAGAUAAGAUAUAAGGCUAAAUAUAGAAGUGGAGCAGGUGUAAAGAUAAAAACUAGUAUAAAGGAAGAGGCUCAGUUUCUUCCCCUCUAUAAGUUUUGCUAAUUAGUUUAGCGAUUUUUAAAUAGAAGUUGUUUCAUUCC